AAUGCAAAUACAUUGAAAUUUAUGGCGAACGAGGGGGAGGUUUCUCGCUGAAUUAUAACUCGUAGACAAGUUUGGUAGUCCAAAAAUGCUCCAUAUAUCAAGGGAAUCAAUUCGACAUACAAUACCAGGAGUACAGCAAGUUUUAAAUCGGUGACUGCGGCAAAUUCGCGGAUAAUUUCCUUUUGGUGUUGAGACUGUCGCAGUACAACUCCCUUCUACGUUCUACAUUAUACAGGAAACUGGCUGAUCAACCCAUAAACAGCAACCUUAUGAACAGAUUUGUGUGCUUAUACCCGCUUCGUCGCUACAGAAAUAUUUUUGUUUUGUGAACACAGCCAUCGAGCGACAAAAUGAGCUUUUCAUCUGAGAUAGAUGAAGACUACGAGAAAACAAGAAAUCAUAUUGUGGCAAAGUAUGACAGAGGUUAUGAUGAAAAUGCUGAAAUUGAUGACUGGGAGGAUGCAAACUUCUUUGUGUACAAAAUAACUGAUAGAUAUGGAUUUCUUCACAGAAAUGACCAACCAGAAGGUCGAGACGAUAAGCUUAUAGCAUUAGAACGCGAGAGGGUCCAAAAAUGGGUCAAGAUGACAAAGAACUGGGACAAAUACAUACAUGGAGAAAAGCUAAGGAGACGUAUCUACAAAGGAAUUCCAAAUUCUAUGAGAGGAGAAACCUGGAAAAAACUCCUCCAAGUUGAAAAUGUUCCAAACAGGAGCACUGUCUACGAGUCCAUGAAAAGGAUUGCCAGAAAUCAGUCUCCAGACAUUCGGCAGAUUGACUUAGAUGUCAACAGAACAUAUAGAGAUCACAUCAUGUUUAGGGAAAGAUAUGGAAUCAAACAGCAAGCAUUGUUCCAUGUUCUUGCAGCAUAUUCCAUGUACAAUGUGGAGGUAGGCUACUGUCAAGGCAUGAGUGGGAUAGCCGCCUUGCUGUUAAUGUAUCUUAAUGAAGAGGAUGCUUUUUGGGCAUUGUCUGCACUCCUCACUGACAAGAAACAUGCCAUGCAUGGUUUUUUUGUACCUGGCUUUCCAAAGCUGAUAAGAUUUCAAGAGCACCAUGAUAAGAUUUUAAGGAAACUUUUGUCAAGACUUCACAAGAAUUUGGAAAAAGAAGGUUGUUAUUCAACUCUUUAUACUCUGAAAUGGUUUAUGCAGUGCUUUCUGGACAGGGUGCCAUUUACAUUAACACUUAGAUUGUGGGACAUAUUCAUGUUGGAAGGGGACCGACUGUUGACUGCUAUGGCCUACAACAUCAUGAAAAUGCACAGAAAAAUCUUCAUAAAGAUGGGCCUCGAGGACGUCGUUCAGUUCUUACAAGAGAAAAUGCAUGCAUAUCACUACGACGACGAUGAAGUAAUCGAGUUGCUCCAGGCUGCGAUGUUCGACUUGAAACGUUUGGGAUUGGACACUCCACCUGCGCCCUCCAGGGCGGAGUUCCCGUCUCUCCCACCGGGUGCUUCAUUAAAACGAGGCGUCUAUCAAACAGCAUCUGCGCGUGCACGCAAGAACAAAGAGAAAGACAAAAUUAUCCGCGUACCCAUGGACAGGCCUCCUUCGCCAGUCUCACCGGAAAUAUCACCUCUUCGUGGCGUUCCGACGAAUUUGUCGCAUUCACCUCCAUCUAAUAUGAAUCGUAGCGAGACGUCUGUUUCGACAUUUCCCGGUACUCCGACGGAAUACCGAAGUGAAGCAUCGGUAUCAACGAUAAUAGAAAUCAAGCGACACCCUCAACUACCUUCGAGUUACCGAGGAGACUUGAAUAAUCAGCGCACAACGCACGACGACCCUCGAUGGUUAGAUCAUCGGAAGAGCGAUGGACACGAGGUGGAGAUCUCACGGUACAAACCACCAGAUGGACGAAUAGUGUAUCAUUCCGAGAGCGUUCUCCCCUCUUCCGACAGCGUUACGGACGGCAGCAUGCGGAGACGAAGAACCACCGAAGGUUCUUACAACUCGAUGUCAACAUUUAGGCCAAUCAAUGGAGACGUGGAUGCGCUUGUGAUGGCUUCCAGGCCCGGCGGCUCACCUGUUUGGAAACAUCACUCAAACGAACACCAGAGGAGGAGCUUGCGUAGUAGCCGGGCUGGAAGCCAAACCAGUGUCAGCAGCAGGAACAGCCAGUUCAGUUUACAGAAUGUCACGUGGGAAGCUUCUAAAACCAAUCUGUUUGGUAUCACGGAACUUUGACUUACCAUGCUGGGAUCUCGACAGAUAAUUAGUUUUUAAUGUUUAUUUAAACCUUGCAUCACCCAUGGCACUUCCGUACAAAGAAAUUAUCCCUCUUUCUUUUAUUACAUUGAUUUUAACGCCCUAUCCAUUUCCCUUCCAAACCUUUACCCCCUCGAAAGAGACGAGCCCAAAUGUGUAUGGACGCUUAAGCACUUAAGUGGUCGAAUUCAGCAACAGGCAGCGCAGACGAUCGUUUUCUUUUCCCCUCGCUUCUUAAAUACUCAAGGAUCUUUCUGAGCCGACCGUGCCUCCUUAACCAUGAUGAUCAGCGGGGAAAAAUUUGACUGCGGUGGCAGAAGCAAAUUGUAAUCAAACUCCUCAUUAAACAAGUGUAUACUUCA